ACACCCAAGAGCGGCUUCGAGCCGCUAUUGGGUGAAUGCGUUUUCGGCUGCGCUCCGGAAGGUUGCAUCGCGCUUCGUUUGCCUUGCAGGUGUAAACAUCCACAAUUAUUGCCCCCAAACUGACGGAGAAUGGACGGCGAGGCUGACGGAACAAUAUCCUUCUGUUAGAAACAGAGGCGUGCGCAGAGGAAACUCGGCGACAAUAUUGCCGAGCAAACGAUGUCGUUCCGUCAGGUCUUCGGUCAUGGAGGAAAUUUCUGUCUGCCGUAAUGAACGACUAUUGCACCUUCACGACGUCGCAGCUGGAAUCAGCUUUCGCAGUUGAGUUGAAAGAGCAGCUGCAGAAAAGGAAGCAGCGUUUGUGAGCGCAAUAGUGAAUCAACCUAAAUCAGUACACCCACACCAAGUUAGGGUUUCUCGAGAGUUUCAGGAGACUAUGACACUCAGACUAAGUUACGUCGUCAAUUCGACGAAAUAGACGCGCUCUUUUCGACGAGUAGCAUUACUGUCGACGCGACGAAGGGUUGAGACGAUGUAACCUGGGACCACGCGAGCCACGCUCGAGCGGUAUUGGUGACGCCCGCGAUACAUGCCGCCUGGAACUCCCGCAGCAAGAGGAGAUACAAAGUGCCCUAACUACUAGAUUACUUUUGAGUCGACUCAAAGGGGGAGCGGCCAAGUGGACUGCAGCGGGUGCUGUGGGCGAGGGGAUGAGAGGAGGGUUCAAGAGGGGGGGAGUGGUGGGUGUGUUUGGGGAAUGGGGUUGGGUUGGAUUGGGAGAGGGUACAGUUUAAAAAUCAGGUUCAACCUGAUUUGGUUGAGGAGAAUAGUGGGGGCGAAGUCAGAAGUAGGGCACCCAGUAAGGAGAGCAAUUGAGGGGAAGGAAAAUCAGGGGAGGUGGGACGAGAUGGUGCCACCUCUGCUCUUCCUCCAGCCCCUUUCUCCUUCCGCAAACCUCUCCCUCCAACCCCCUCACGUCCCUUUGGCAUUCCUCGCCUUUUCGCCCAUCCACCAUACCCGUUUCCCCCUCUCCCUUCCUGUCCCCAGGCCCUCCUCACCUGACACCCCUCUGCUGAUUGCUGUGGAGGGAGGAGGGGGGGGAGGGGGGGGGGAAGGAAGAUUGGAAAAGGGUGGGGAGAGUGGAGUGGGGCAGCAGACUCUGAAGCAGCGCAUCCAGUAGGGAGUGAGGGGAAGGGGAAGGACAAGCAGGAGAGUUGGGUGAAGGGCUAAGUCUAGGAUUGAGGGAAUGGGGUGAGAGAAGGCAGAAGGAGAAUGGGAGCAGGAGAGGAGUGAAGCGUGUAGGUGGAGAGGGAGGAUAUAAAACCAACCAACCCGCCCCUCUCGCCUCUUGCUGAUCACCUCUGAUCCGCCAUGUAGUAUUUGCCCUGCCAUGCCAUGCUUGCCCAGCUCCUACUUUCCGCUCCUCCCUUCCUCCUUGUCCCUUGUCCCUUCCGAGUACCAACCAGCCCAUCUCCCCUCUUACUGAUCCCCCCUCGUCCUCCAACCAGUAUUUGCCCUGCCUUGCUUGACCAGCUCUUCCCGUACGCUCCUCCCUCAUCCCUCCUUCCCACCCUCUCCCCCCUUCCCCCCGCCGAGUUUCCCUUCUCAGGUAUUGGUCCUGCAGGGCACCAAUCAGGAUUCAGUCGAGAUUGAGCGUGGAAGCAAAUAAUACACCUAGAAAAAGUCGGUAGAAAGUUCUCUGGCCCUUAACGCAACUGAGGGGUUGACGCAUAACAAGGCGUAGAGUUAUUUGCUGCCCCUGGCACUCAAGUCCAGCGCUGAUUUUAUCAGACUACCGUAAUCCCUCGUAUAAAGCACCCUAUGGUGUUUAUAAAUAUGCAUGAAAAUUUUGGGAUGGGUUAAAUUACUCUGAUUCUCUGAUUUUCAGAGUUGAUUUUGUGUACCACCCUUACGCCUCUGGGUAAAUUUUUUAGAUUUUAUGUUUUCUCUGAUAAGCCAGGGUUUUUUUUUGUACCACCCUGAGGGGUUUACUACCGCCGAGCUGGCCCACGUCAUAUGUUGCCAGACCCACCCUUGCUGGCAGAUAACCUUCUCUCCUAUUGGACACUAGUGUAUUUUUUACGCAGGUUUCGGCGCCACACCCGAGUUUACCACGUCGACUGUUGCCACACUUGUACUCGCUCGACGAAUGGGAGCGUGAAAUGGAAGAGGCGGAUCUGUCGGUUGACAAGCCGGCAGAUCCUCCACCUCCGGAUCCUGUGCCCUCGUCGCCGGCAUCUGCAUCAACAUCGUCGGCUAAGAAGAGACGACGAUACCAGCAGAGACAUC